AUGGCAGAAUUCCAAGUUCAAAAUAAGGGGAAUGGGUUCUCGAGAAAGUGUGCAACUUUGGUUAAGGAACAACGAGCAAGGAUCUAUGUUCUUCGUCGCUGUGCCACCAUGUUACUCUGCUGGUACAUUCAUGGAGAUGAAUAG